UCAAACCCACACACACACGCGUACGCACGCACAAACAUACAUACUUUUUGGACCGUACUGUACGCGAGUUUGUGAAUUAAAUUUUUCUCAAUAUUUACUGGUUAUUUCAGUAAAGUGUUCCACCCAUUUAGCACACUUUUGCGACAAUAAAGAAACCCCCCAACCAUGGACAACACCGGCGAUCGAAUAGAAAAGCUGUACAAGAACUAUGAAAUCUUGAGUGACGCCAAGGAAAAAAUCGGCGAGCACGAAACCGAAUAUAAGGAAAUAUUGGAUGCAGUGAAAGGUUCAGCGAAGGAAAAGCGUCUUGCGUCGCAGUUUAUUGGGAAAUUCUUCAAACACUUUCCCACCCUGGCGGAACUCGCCAUCGAGAGUCAGCUGGAUCUGUGUGAGGAUGAGGAUACGCAGAUAAGACGGCAAGCGAUCAAGGAUUUGCCUCAGCUGUGCCGCGAAACAACCGAGCACACGCCACGGAUCGGUGACAUUUUGGCCCAACUGCUGAUCACGGAAGAUUCGGCCGAACUGCUGCAGGUGCAUCAGUCGUUGCUAACGUUGGCCAAGUACGAUGCAGUUGGAACGCUGACAGGAAUUUUCAGCCAAAUCGUCGGUGGUGACGAGACGACGCGUUUCCGCAGCUUUCAGUUCAUUAACAACAAAAUCAUGAAGCUUGAGCCGCAAAUUUUGACGAAAGUGGUGGAAGAUUUUAUCAUCGCUGAGGUGAAGAAGAUAACACUGGACGUAAGCUCGGACGAGUUUCACCUGUGCAUGUCCAUCCUGAACCAAACGAAGCUAAGCAAAACUCUGCCCGGCCAUGUUGAGCUGGUAACGCUGGCUGCCGAGCAAGCGGAUCUGGAAAGCGACCCAGGCCCGCUCGCAUCAGACGAUGAAACGGUGGAACGUUUCAUUCAAUGCUCGACGGAAGCGAUGCCAUACUUUUCGUCCCAGGUGGAAUCGACUCAGUUCGUAAAGUUUAUGUGUGAAAAGUUUUUGCGCCCCAACGUAUGGUGUCUGAUCGGUGCUGCUACGGACGAUCAGCAGCAAACACAGCAGCGACUGCUGAAGGUGUUUGCCGAGAUGACUGCGUUCUGCGGAACGCUGGAAAAAGCCGCCGAGAAAGUGGAAGCGAUCUAUGAAGUGUUACUGGAAUACAUGCCAUUACCGCCGCUCGAUGCCGAUUUGAACGACACGCCGUCGUUCCACUUUUCCCAUGCCGAAUGUCUGCUGUACGCGCUGCACACCCUGGGCAAGCAGGCAGCCGAGUUUCUAACGUUCCCGGACAAUCCGGCGAAACUGAAAGAUUUUCGGUCCCGGUUACAGUAUCUGGCGCGUGGUACGCAGGGAUACAUCAAGAAGCUGCAGGAAGCCGUCAAGGGCAAAACCGCGGACGAAAUGAAAUCGGAAGAAAACCAAAUUAAAGUCACCGCACUAAAGACCACGUCCAACAUCAGCACGCUGAUACGUGACCUGUUCCAUUCGCCACCAAGCUUCAAAUCCGUCGUUCAGUUGUCCUGGGUUGUGCCGAAGGGAAAGAAGGCGCAACAGCAGCGACAAGAACAGAAGCAAGAGGAUGCCAGCAAAACCGGGUCGUCCAACAAACGCCACGCACCGAUCACGUUCGAUGCCAAUGGCAAAUCGGCCGGCGGCGACACGAAAGGCCCGAAGCAGGGCAAACCGAGCCCCGGCUCACAGAAAAUGUACACCCCACCGUCGGGUAAAUAUUCUGGCAAGCUUCACCGAAAUGGAGGUGGCGGUGGUGGCGGCGGCGGCGGCGGUGGUCGUCGUUCGAGCGGUGGUGGUGGUGGUGGCGGAGGCGGCAAUUUCCGUCGUGGCAGUUUCGGAGGAAAUGGAGGUGGUGGCAGUGGCCGCAACAGUGGAGGAGGAAAAAGGAAGUAUUAGAUUGUGUGCAGCGUAUGGUUUACAAAUGUGGGGCGCGACUGCGUUUAGAGUACGUACCUUUUUUUAGGAGAUUAUCCGGAUUGGGACCCACAGUCUCGGAAUGUGUCCCAUUGCUAACUAACUACAAUUAAUCUGGUAGCCGUUUUCCUAGCAGUAUUGUCACCACAAUGGCAAGCAACAGUGUUUUUACACGGUUUACAUUUUAACGGGUGUUUUUCAACCGUACCUUUUAGUAUAUUUUAGUUGAUACAGUAACCAUUAGGUCCCAGCUCGAAUGAAGUGUAGAAAUUUGAGUGCUAUACUAAAAUUGUCUUGAUUUCGUUGCAAUAAUGGCUGUAAUAAUGCAGUUACUUAAGGAUCCUUUUAACUUUUACCCUCUAACACUCCAUCCCUUUUCCUGAACCUCUUGACUCAUAACGUGUUUUGCGGCGCCCGAAUCGAACCUAGCAACCGUAACCGUAACGACCAACGGUGGAACAAGGAAGAACCCGGCAACCAGCGACGAUCUCCACAACGCAACCAACACCACAUCAGAGCACGCAGGACAUCGGCACAUCGGUUAAUCAGCAUCUGCGGUGUGUUCCCAGCAUUCUUUCCUUCCCCUUGUAAUCCCCACACAAGCUUCCUAUGCAGAACAAUUUAAUAGGUUUUUGUUUUUUUUGGGGACAUAAUAGGACUGCUAUCGGUUCUAUUCUUGAUUUAAGUCCGUACUCUCGCUUUCGCUUUCGCUAACUGUAAACCAUACCUGCUCACAAUCUCUUCGACGCAUCGCAUCAUCCGGACGAGCUCCUCAACAUCAUCGAUAGCCGUUCCCACUCGCCUCGUCCAGUCUGUGAAACAAUUCCAACUUCCAGCGUGUUGUAAGUCGUAAUCCAAUCGUGUGUGUAUGUGUGUGGGUGUAAUUGGAGACGAUUGGUUGGUUGUGCUGUGGGUGGUGUACGCUUAUAUGACAAUGGGCAGAAUUAACAUCGUUUUCUAGCAUUAUUGUAAGUACGACUGGUAUCAUCCUGUUCUGCUACCCAUUGCUUCACAGUGUUGGUUCCAUGUCCAUACGGGACGGUAUGGAACGAAAAGGACAAGCAUUUUUCCCUAAUUCCAUUCGUGGAUUGCUUUUUCCUACUUCAGUCACUUUUUGAUAAAUCGAUUUCCUGAAUAGGAUUCCCGCCAUGGCAUUCUACCAACUGCGAUGAUACUACCCACCAUGAAGAAUUCUGAUGCUCUUAUAUGCUGGUAUAAUGAGAAACUCGUAAAUGCACUGCGCUCCACGCCUUUCUUACGCCGUGAGCUCUGUAUGCGAUUGCAAUUCUUUUCAAGAUUCUCUUGAUACACUUUUCGCGCCACUGCUCUACUUCUUGCAGUGUUGCGCACGCAUGGCUGAACUUGCUGAUAACAAAUUAAUAAAUACACACGAUCCUCUCUCUCCAUUUA